AUGGUUCGUGCCGUCUUGUUUGAUAUGGAUGGCUUGCUGAUCGAUAGCGAGCGCAUCUACACGGACGUCGUGAAUGAACUGUUGAAGCCCUAUGGCAAGGAACAGACCUGGGACAUCAAGGCUCGGCUGAUGGGCAAGCCCGAACGGGAUGCGACACUGGUACUCCUUUCGAGUCUGUGGCCGCCAAAUCCCGACCAUCCUCAAGAUGUCGAACGCGGGUUCAGUCACGAAUGCCCAUUCACGUUGGAUGAUUUUCUGCAGAAGCGCAACGCUCUCUUACUCCCAGCGUUCGAGCGUGUUCCACCCAUGCCCGGCGCCGAGCGCCUUGUGCAGCACCUUGCCCAACACCAAAUUCCGAUCUGUGUUGCGACAGGUAGUCGCAGAAUCAACUACCAAGUCAAAGCUAGAGCUAAUCCACGCAUUUUCGACGUCUUCGGCGAUCGCGUUAUUUGUGGGGACGAUGACAUUGUGGGCCGCGGAAAACCCACUCCAGAUAUUUUCCUCAUCGCGGCGAAGCACGGCCUUGGCAUCCACAACACAGAUGAGGGGCGUGCCUUUUUGGAGGGCAUACGCAACCCAGGGGCUGAGUUCGACGAUCGGCUCGCCGGCCACGAAGGCGAUGUGCUUGUCUUCGAGGACGCCGUGCCUGGCGUCCAAGCGGGACUAGCGGCUGGUAUGAAAGUCGUAUGGGUGCCAGAUGCCAAUCUCCGCGCAGUAACAGACCAGGGGCCACCCGUGGGCGCACACCAACAAAUUGGCUCACUGCUAGAAUUUCGUCCGGAAGAAUGGGGCUUGCCGCCAUUUGAAGAUGCCUAG